AUGAGGCAACAAUGGACCAGGCGCGCGAGUCUCUCGGCCAGCCUGAAGAUAGGGGAUCACCGAGGCCACUGCCGGACCCCGGAGGAACAGGAAUCCUACAUCCCAUUUGCACAGGACAGCCUGGUAAGGCAAUGGAACUCCAUGCAGAACGUGGCAGAUAGUAACCAGGAGAAGAGCCAGACUCCUAUCCAAAGGAACAAGUACCUGCUCAACAUUAAUGUGGGUGGCAAAUUGUUCCAGAUAGCUUACAAGGUACUGGCCCGGUAUCCCAUCACCCGGCUUGGGAAGCUGGCCCUCCAUACAGAUCCUGUGAAGAAGCUGCAGCUUUGUGAUGACUACUUGGUGCAGAAGAAUGAGUACUUCUUUGACAGAGAUCCUUCAAUUUUCCACUACAUUUUCCAUUUCUACCGCAGUGGGGUCCUGUGGGUGAUGGAUGAAAUGUGCCCCAGUAACUUUGUGGAGGAAAUUGAGUACUGGGGAAUCCAUCUGAAAUACUCCCAACGCUGCUGCCGGAGCCUGUUCGAGGAAAAGCGAGAUGAACUCAGUGAGUACCUGAAAAUAGAGAAGGAGCUGGAGGCAGAACUGGAGCCCCUGGAGUCAGGGGCGCAGUUUGAUGGCAAAUUUCUGGGUCGGUUUCGGAAAAUGGUCUGGAACCUCAUUGAGAAUCCAUACUCUUCUGUCCCAGCCAAGAUAAUUGCUGUCAUGUCGAGCUUCUUUGUGCUUAUCUCCAUUGUGGGCAUGACACUGAGCACAGUGGAGGAGAUGAAAAACAAGACAGGGAAAAUGUGGAUGGAGCAGAUGGAAAUGAUCUGUGCCAUCUUCUUCACCUUUGAAUACCUCAUGCGGCUCAUAUCCUCCUCCAGCUUCAAGAACUUCCUGCGGGCAGCAUUUAAUGCUAUAGACCUGGUGGCCAUCCUGCCCUUCUACAUCCAGAUCCUCUUUGAAAAUCUGGAUGAUGGAGACAUGCAGUACCAUGAGGAGCUGCACAAGAUGGAGAAUGUGAGCAAACUGGGCAAAGUCCUCAAGCUCAUCAAGCUCAUGAGGAUCUUCCGCAUCCUCAAGCUGGCACGUCACUCCACUGGCCUCCGAGCCUUCAGCUUCACCAUGCGCCAAUGCUACCAGCAGGUUUGCUGCCUCCUCCUCUUCAUUGCCAUGGGGGUCUUCACCUUCUCCGCUCUCAUACACUCGGUGGAACAUGAUGUUCCUGGCACCGACUUCACCAGUAUCCCCUGCGCAUGGUGGUGGGCAGCGGUCAGCCUCUCCACUGUGGGCUACGGAGACACUGUGCCUGACACAGUACUCGGCAGGAUGGUGGCAUUUGUCUGCAUCUCCUUUGGCAUCAUCCUCAAUGGAAUGCCCAUCUCCAUCCUCUACAACAAAUUUUCUGACUACUAUGCCAAGCUGAAGGCUCAUGAGAUGAGCCAGUCACUUCACCUUUCCAGGAGGAUCCGCUUGAAGGAGCGAGUCCUGCAGAAGUUCUCAGAGUGCUGGAGAGCUGACCCCCGCUAUUACCACUGACACAGGCUCCCCACCCCGCAGACAUUCCCUGUCCCCUGGCCAUGCUCACAGUAGGUUCUGUCCCCCAGGGAGGCUCUGAGCUAUGGGCAGAGUCCCAACAGUGCUGGGGCUCUGCUGUUGCACAGGAGCUGCUGCCAGCUGGGACCUCCCUUAC